GGAAAAGAAAUCAGAAGCUGUUAUAUAUUGCUUUCUAGCCUUCAUCAGAGGCAGAGGAGGAACAUUUCUGAAGAGAGUGGAAGCCUGAACUGAGCCUUUAAGAGCGUUUGAAACUGCCCGCAUCAACCAUGAGUGAGACCACUAAGAAAUCCUUGGAGAGCAGCCUACAACAACUAAAAUGCCAUUUCACCUGGAACUUGCUAGAGGGAGAAAAUUCCUUGGAUGAGUUUGAGGACAGAGUGUUUAACAAGCAUGAGUUUCAGAACAGUGAGUUUAAAGCCACAAUGUGUAACAUUUCGGCCUACAUAAAGUACCACAGAGGCCAAAACAAGGCAGCUCUGGAAUGCUUACGACAAGCUGAAGAGUUCAUCCAGGCAGAGCAUGCUGCCCAGUCAGAAAUCCGAAGUCUGGUCACAUGGGGAAACUACGCCUGGGUCCUUUACCACAUGGGCCGACUCUCAGAAGCUCAGACUUAUGUCGACAAGGUGAAAGAGGUCUGCACAAAGUUCUCCAGUCUUUAUAGAAUUGAGAGUCCUGAGCUUGAUUGUGAGGAAGGGUGGGCCCGGCUGAAAUGUACAAACCAAAAUGAAGUGGCCAAAGUGUGCUUUGAGAAGGCUCUGGAGAAGAAGGCAAAACACCCAGAAUUCACCUCUGGAUGGGCCAUAGUGAGCUACCGUCUGGAUGUCCACCCACCAGUGCAGAACUCAGAAGGUGCUCUGAGGCAAGCUAUUGAGUUGAAUCCUAACAAUCAGUAUGUUAAAGUCCUCUUAGCUCUAAAACUCCAAAAUAUGAAUGAAGGACAGGAACUAGUUGAAGAAGCCGUAAAGAAAGCCCCAGGUGCAACUGAUGUGUUAUGUAGAGCUGCAAAAUUUUAUCGAAAACAAGGGGCCCUGGACAAAGCAAUAGAGCUGCUUAGAAAGGCUUUAGAGUGCAUGCCAAACAAUGCUUAUUUGCAUUAUCAUAUUGGCUCCUGCUAUAGGUCACAAGUCCUCCAAAGAGGAGAGAAGGCAAUGAAUGUGGAAAGAAAGCAAUUUCUGGUACUAGUAGAACAAGCUAUAGAUCAUUUAAGGAAAGCUGAAGAGCUCAAUGUGAAUAUCUUUCAAAUAGAUAGCUAUCUAGCUAAUCUUUAUACCAUUGCAGGUCAGUACAAAGAAGCAGAGUUUUACUUCCAAAAAGAAUUUAGCAAGGAACUUGGUCCUGUAUCUAAACAACUUCUCCAUCUGCGUUAUGGCAAUUUUCAGCUGUAUCAAAUGAAACGUGAAGACAAAGCCAUCCAGCAGUUUAUGGAGGGUGUGAAAAUAAACCAGGAAUCAAAGGAGAGAGAAAAAAUGAAAAUCAAACUACAAAAACUUGCUAAAGCACGGCUUUCCAGAAAUGAAGCUGAUACAGAAGCUUGGCAUGUCUUAGCAUUUCUUCAGAAGUUAGGUGGAGAAGUAGAGCAAACUGAUGAAGACUCUGAGAUGGAUGCAAACUCUGGAAGCCAUGUACCUUCUGCAUCAUUGGAUGAGAUGGAGAAUGAAGACUAAUGGACAUGAUGCCCAUAAAUCACCUCCCAUCCAUAAGGCCGGAUGGAGGUUGAAACCCCUCAACAACUCACUGUGCAAAGUUUUGUUUUGGUGUUUUGUUUUGUUUUGUAGGUUGUGUGGCUUGAAUUCUGGGCCUGAGUGC